AUGACACGUGACUGCUGCUUCUGGCUUCCAGCAGUGACCUGGGUGCUGCUGCUGGUGACGAUGGCCUUCACCAUGGAGUGCCCCAAGAUCAAGGUGGGGACAUGCAAGGACUGCAUCCAAUCUGGCCCUGGCUGUGCCUGGUGCAAGAAGCCGAAUUUCACCAAAGCUGGUGAGCCGGACUCCAUCCGCUGCGACACCACAGAGCAACUGCAGCAGAAGGGAUGCCCACAGAGCGAGAUUGAGUCUCCAGUCAGUGAAGUUAGAAGGACACAAGACAACGCAUUGAGCAAUGAUAUACAGCUGACUCCCCAGGAGGUGCACCUGAAGCUGAGGAUAGGGCAGCCCGCUGUAUUUGAUGUGAAGUUUCGCCGUGCCUUGGGGUACCCCAUUGAUCUCUACUACCUCAUGGACCUCUCCUACUCUAUGCUGGAUGACUUAGAGAAGGUGAAGAAGCUGGGAGGGGAACUGCUCAGAGCACUGGAGAGUACCACACCCUCUCGACGCAUAGGUUUUGGCUCCUUCGUGGACAAGACAGUUCUGCCCUUCGUCAACACACACCCUGAGAAGCUGCAGAACCCUUGCCCCAACAAGGACAAGCAGUGCCAGCCUCCCUUCGCCUUCAAGCACAUCCUCUCACUGACCGACAAUGCUAAGAAGUUUGAGAGCGAAGUGGGGAAGCAGUUCAUCUCGGGGAACCUGGAUGCCCCAGAGGGGGGGCUGGAUGCCAUGAUGCAGGCAGCAGUGUGUGGGGACUUGAUUGGCUGGCGCAAUGUGACCCGCUUGCUGGUGUACGCUACCGAUGACGGCUUCCACUUCGCUGGUGAUGGCAAGCUCGGGGCCAUUCUGACCCCCAACGACGGCCAGUGCCACUUGGAGGACAACAUGUAUAAAAAGAGCAAUGAGUUUGACUACCCCUCUGUUGGCCAGCUGGUACAGAAACUUGCCGAAAACAACAUUCAGCCCAUUUUUGCUGUCACGAGUAAGAUGGUAGACGUUUACAAAAAGCUCAGUGAAAUGAUCCCAAAGUCAGCAGUGGGGGAGCUGAAUGAGGAUUCCAGCAACAUAAUUGAACUCAUUCAGGUGGCCUACAAUAACCUCUCCUCACGGAUCAUCCUGGACCACUCCACCCUGCCAGAUGUCCUGGAUGUCAAAUAUGACUCCAUCUGCAAUACAAAGAAGGUAGCCUCGGAUGAAGCAAGAGGGCAGUGUGACAACGUAAAGAUCAAUGAUGAGGUGACUUUCAAAGUGAAGGUCACGGCAAAGGAGUGUAUCAAAAGCCAGUCCUUCACCAUCCGGCCGCUGGGCUUCACAGACACACUCACCGUCCACCUAGACAGCAACUGUGACUGCAACUGCAGAGAGCAGCCUGACCAAACUGCCUGCAGUGGAAAAGGCAACAUCGUCUGUGGGAUCUGCAGCUGCAAUUCAGGCUACACGGGGAAGAACUGCGAGUGCGAAACCAAGGGCAAGACCAGCAAAGAGCUGGAGGGCAGCUGCCGGAAGGACAACAGCUCAGUCAUCUGCUCAGGACUAGGGGACUGCGUGUGCGGGCAGUGCGUCUGCCACACCAGCGACGUGCCCAACAAGCAGAUCUACGGCACCUUCUGCGAGUGUGACAACAUGAAUUGCGAGUUCCACAAUGGCUCCCUGUGUGGCGGCACAGAGCGCGGGCACUGCGACUGUGGCAAGUGCAGGUGCACGUCUGACUACCAGGGCAGCGCCUGCCAGUGCAAGAAGUCGACAGAAGGCUGUUUGAACAUCCGGGGGAAGGAGUGCAGCCUCCGUGGCUCCUGCCACUGCAACCGCUGCCAGUGCCGGGGGGGCUAUCAGCCCCCGUUCUGUGAGGAGUGCCCCGGCUGCCCCUCGCCCUGCAGCAAAUACGUCCACCUGUGUUGCAGCUCCUGUGUGGAGUGCAAGGCCUUCCAGAGCGGGCCACUGGAGAAGAACUGCUCUGAGGCCUGCAGCAACAUCCAGUAUGUUGAAGGGUCACAGGCAGGGAGCCGGCAGUGCAGGGAGAAGGACUCCAAGAACUGCUGGAUCUCCUUCCGCAUGUCCCAGGAUGAUGGAGAGGAGAUGUACACUGUCACUGUUGACCCUAAGAAAGAGUGCCCGGAGCCUCCCAACAUCGCGCUGAUUGUAGGUGGGACCAUUGCCGGUGUGGCUCUCAUCGGCCUGGUGCUCCUGCUGAUCUGGCGGCUCUUGACAGAGCUGUUUGACCGCCGGGAAUACCGCAGGUUCGAGAAGGAGAAGUCCAAGGCCAAGUGGAACGACGCUGAUAAUCCCCUAUUCAAGAGUGCCACCACCACCGUUGUGAACCCCAGAUUCGAUGGGCAAUGAAGUGGAGCAACACCUGUCAGCACUGGGCCUCACCAUUAAAUAAGGAAUUGCCAAGCUAAGGAAAUCUCAAACUAAGGCUCCCACCUCUUCUUUAUUCUGCUGGUUUGUUCCCUUCUUCCAAGAGGCCACCAGCACAUCAUGUGCUGACUGAGGGUCUGCAUGGCACCUGUCUCUCUGCAUGGCGCUCGCUGGUUGUGUUUUGGGAGGAGAGAACAGCAGCAGCUUUGCCAUGGACAGGGCUGCAGAGCAUGUCUCACCAGCAGGGAAAUACUAUAGCUCCCAUAUCAGUUACCGUCUGUCUCAGCUAACUUUGCCUUGUGGCAUGACCUUCAGACAUCAAGGUCCAAAAACAGCGUAGUGCACAUAGUGCUUCCAGCUGUGGUUUCAAAACUGCUAUUUCCUUUCUGCUCUAGCAGGCUCCGCUCCAAGGCUCCUCCAUGCCCAGCCUUCCCCUGCUUCACUGCUCUCCACUGUUGCAUUUGCAGCUCGUUUCCAAAGUACUCACUUCUGAGAAGGAUGUGGAGGGCCCCAGGCUGGGGGGUCUGCUCUGGAUGUUGCUGUACCUGGAGGUGAUGGGCAGCAAGGGAACGUGCACUGAUUUUUUUUCUAAAUCACCAGCUGCUCCUCAGUGUUGAUCCCUUCUCAGAGCUACUGCGGGCUCCUCCACAUUUCUACCUGGGCUCCUGCAAGCUUGGCUUACCUCCAGCAGGCCUUCAGACUGCUGCAUGACAAGGAAGCAAAGGAGCAGCAAUCUGAACCAUAGAACAUCAGCACCAGAGGUAAUGAACAUGUGAAACAUCGCCUGCAGCUCAGACCUCAGCAACAGCUUCUUCUACCAUCUUCCAGGUCUAGAUCUACAUCAGAUAUGCUCAGGAC